GAACAAUCAAUUAUAUGUUACUGAAUCAUUUUGUCUAAUGAUAAGAAUCACUCUAUACAAAGAGUACACAAGAUCAGAAUUUCUUUGUAAGUGUCCCACUUGCUACAGUUAGAAAACAAAGAUCAUCGUCCACCUUGCCGGAACACUUACAUAUUCAGGGAUAUAUUUAUCUUGAUUUCUCUGAGUAAAAAAAGCUUUCAAAAUGGUACGACAACCUUGUUGUGAUAAGAUUGGAUUGAAGAGAGGUCCAUGGACUAUUGAGGAAGAUCACAAGCUAAUGAACUUCAUUCUCCACAAUGGCAUCCAUUGCUGGAGAACAGUUCCCAAACUAGCAGGUCUUCUAAGAUGUGGAAAGAGCUGCAGACUCAGAUGGAUCAAUUAUCUGAGGCCAGACCUUAAGAGAGGUGGCUUCACAGAAAUGGAAGAGGAUCAAAUUAUACAACUACAUUCACGGCUUGGUAACAGAUGGUCUAAGAUCGCUUCACAUUUUCCUGGGAGGACAGAUAAUGAAAUCAAGAACCAUUGGAACACAAGAAUCAAGAAAAGACUAAAACUCCUUGGUCUAGACCCUGUGACUCACAAGCCAAUUGAGCAAAAGGAACAUAAUGAGGACACAAAUAAAACCAACUCACAACAACCUUAUAUUUCAGGAGGGUCUGAAGAAAAUGUGGAGAUGAAAUCGUUGGACAAAGAAAUGAUGACAAAAAUAGAAGGGAAAAGAGAAGAAAACAAUGUGAUGACAUGGGAUGAUACUGCUGAACUUUUAAAUAAUUUUGAAAUGAUAUUUUCACAGUUGGACUUGGGAUCAUGGAUGAGCCAAGAAAUUACCAAUACUAGUACUAAUUCACUAUGUAGUUCUUCUGUCACUUUGGAUGACACAAGCCACCUUUCUGUGGAUGAAUCCUCUUACAUACAAGAAAACUCCUUACAGCAAUGGGUUGAUAGUAUGGAUUCAAUUCUAUCAUGGGAUGGAUUUAACCCUCUUGAUCAAGACAUUUUCUUCUUGGAAAAUAGGGAAUAAUUAAGCAUAAACCUACUCAUAUAAACUGCCUCUACUUUUACAAUCUUGAACAAUGAAAAUGUUAUAGAAGUUUAAUAUAGAGUAUAUUAGUACCAUUUUUAACGUUGCGUUUUGUUAUUUUUGGCUCCAUUUACUGGUACACAAUAUGAUCGAUGAUGAUUACAUGUUGAA